AACCUAUAAACGGAAAAACAAAAUCACAAACAAAAAAAGAAGAAGAAGAACAUUUAUCCUAUCCAUAAUGUUCUCUUUGAACAUGAGAACCGAAAUAGAAAGUUUGUGGGUAUUUGCUCUUGCAUCAAAAUUCAAUAUUUACAUGCAACAACAUUUUGCUUCCCUUCUCGUCGCCAUUGCUAUCACUUGGUUUACCAUAACCAUCGUAUUUUGGUCUACUCCGGGUGGACCGGCUUGGGGAAAAUACUUCUUCACUCGCCGGUUUAUUUCUCUCGAUUACAACCGAAAAUACAAGAAUCUCAUUCCCGGUCCUAGAGGGUUUCCACUUGUGGGAAGCAUGAGCCUUAGGUCAAGCCACGUGGCUCAUCAGCGCAUAGCGUCUGUGGCUGAGAUGAGUAACGCCAAGCGGCUCAUGGCGUUUAGCCUCGGUGAUACUAAGGUGGUGGUGACGUGUCAUCCUGCCGUGGCAAAGGAGAUACUAAACAGUUCGGUUUUUGCUGACCGACCGGUUGACGAAACCGCUUACGGUUUGAUGUUUAACCGAGCCAUGGGAUUUGCUCCCAAUGGUACUUAUUGGCGUACGCUGCGUCGGUUAGGCUCGAACCAUCUUUUUAACCCGAAGCAAAUCAAACAAUCGGAGGAUCAGAGACGGGUGAUAGCGACUCAGAUGGUGAAUGCGUUUGCACGUAACCCUAAAUCCGCGUGUGCAGUGCGUGAUUUGCUCAAAACAGCGUCGUUGUGUAACAUGAUGGGUUUGGUUUUCGGGAGAGAGUAUGAAUUGGAGUCAAAUAACAACUUGGAAUCUGAAUGCUUAAAGGGUUUGGUUGAAGAAGGGUACGAUCUUCUAGGUACGUUAAAUUGGACCGACCAUCUUCCUUGGUUAGCCGGUUUAGAUUUCCAACAAAUCCGGUUUAGGUGCUCGCAGCUCGUACCGAAAGUAAAUCUGUUAUUGAGCCGUAUCAUACAUGAACAACGUGCUGCCACGGGUAACUUUCUUGACAUGUUACUUUCUCUUCAAGGUUCAGAAAAAUUAUCAGAAUCCGACAUGGUUGCUGUUCUUUGGGAAAUGAUAUUUAGGGGAACGGACACUGUUGCGGUUUUGGUCGAGUGGGUGCUAGCGAGGAUUGUGAUGCAUCCCAAAGUUCAAUUAACGGUCCACGAUGAGCUUGACCGAGUCGUUGGCAGAUCAAGAACCGUGGAUGAGUCAGACCUUCCAUCACUCACGUAUCUAACGGCUAUGAUCAAAGAAGUGUUGAGGCUGCAUCCACCAGGUCCACUGCUUUCUUGGGCACGACUGUCUAUAACAGACACUUCCGUAGAUGGAUAUCACGUGCCGGCUGGGACCACCGCGAUGGUCAACAUGUGGGCUAUAGCACGUGACCCACACGUGUGGGAGGAUCCUUUAGAGUUUAAGCCUGAGAGGUUCGUGGCUAAAGAGGGUGAAGCUGAGUUCUCUGUUUUCGGGUCGGAUCUGAGGUUGGCACCGUUCGGGUCGGGUAAGAGGGUUUGCCCUGGAAAGAAUUUGGGACUUACAACGGUGUCGUUUUGGGUUGCAACGCUCUUGCAUGAGUUUGAGUGGCUUCCUAGCGUCGAAGCUAACCCUCCAGAUCUCUCGGAGGUUUUGAGGCUCUCGUGUGAGAUGGCUUGUCCACUCAUCGUUAACGUAAGCUCAAGGCGUAAGAUAAUGUAA